UCUUUCACCAGAAGGCAGGAGACUCUUACUAUUCAGCAUGAACCUGAAAAAAGAAAAAUAUAUAUAUACGUCUUAUGUAUUUUUUGCGACAGUUAAUAUACCUGGUUUAUAUAUUUAAUUAUAUAUUUAAUUUUAUAAUUUUCGGGGAAACAACACUCCAUAAUUGGAUCCAAAUGUUUUUUUUUUUAGUUGGAUUUUUUUUAAGGGAUUAAAAAUAAUUGUUUGGUAUGCAGUACUAUCAGCACAGCUUCUCUUCAAGUUCAAGGCUGCUUGAGUGUUAAUGUUCAGCUCCUAUAAAAAAAAAAAAAAAAAAAAAAACGCCGAAAAUAGACGUUAUUGCCGUUAAUUAAAUCUUGGCGAAACUGAGGAGGGUUCAUUUGUAUAUUCCUGUUUUUCUUUUCUUUCUUUUUUUUUUUUUUUGCCCCCUCUCUGAGUAAUAGGCGUGUGUAAAUGUGCCAAGGAGGUGCGGCCAUGGGGGAAAAAGCCCCGGAAAAAAGUUCCUCCCAAACUAAAGUUGGUGUUAAAUCGUGGUGUAGACGCACAUGUGGAUUACCUGCAGUAAUGCUCCACACACAGCCACCUGCAACAGCCUGAACCUGCACACCUUCACACCUUCACACCAUGUACUGGAAAGAUGAGCAGACGCUUUCCUGCCCCGGCGUGGAAGAGUUCAAGUCGGGAACCGAGAGCAAAAGCUCAACUCAAGACCUUUUGGAAGAAGUGUCGUGUCCGUCGUCUUCUGUGUCUUCGCCCACCGUCUCCUCUCCUCAGGCCAUGGGUGAGAGAGCCAUCUGCACCAGCUGCGGGGGGGAGAUCGUAGACAAAUACCUGCUCAAGGUAAACGACAUGUGCUGGCACGUGCGCUGUCUCUCGUGCAGCGUGUGUCAGACGUCACUCGGCCGCCACAUCAGCUGCUACAUCAAAGAAAAAGAGAUUUUCUGUAAACUCGACUACUUCAGGAAAUACGGGACCCGCUGCGCUCACUGUGGCAGGAACAUCCACUCCAACGACUGGGUUCGCCGAGCCAAAGGGAACACCUACCACCUGGCCUGCUUCGCCUGCUUCUCCUGCAAACGUCAGCUGUCUACAGGAGAGGAGUUCGCUCUGGUGGACGAGAGAGUGCUCUGCCGCGUGCACUACGACCGCAUGCUGGACAACCUGAAGCGUGCCAUGGAGAACGGAAAAGGAGUGAAUGUAGAAGGAGCUGUACCUUCAGAACAGGAAGUAAACCAGCCCAAGCCGGCGAAGAGAGCGAGGACGAGCUUCACGGCUGACCAGCUGCAGGUAAUGCAGGCUCAGUUUGCUCAGGACAACAACCCGGACGCUCAGACGCUGCAGAAGCUGGCUGAAAGGACCGGACUCAGCCGCAGAGUUAUUCAGGUUUGGUUUCAGAACUGCCGAGCGCGUCAUAAGAAGCAUGUGAGUCCGAACCACUCGUCCACGGCGCCGGUGUCGUCCCUGCAGCCGGGCAGACUGUCCCCGCCUCUGAUGGAGGAGCUGCAGUACACGGCGUUCACUCCGGUCGACACGCCCAUGCUCACUACUCUGCACUCGUACAUGGACGGUCAGUUCAACCCUGUUCAGUCUCCGACGUCGCUGGUGUUCCAGCCUCUCCUGCCCCACUCGAUGACACAGCUGCCCAUCAGCCAUGCCUGAGACAAACCCCGCCCACUGCACCCUCUCAACCAAUCAGGUCAGAGUCUAGAGGAAAGCGUGAGGAACUUUUCAUCGCUCUGUUGACCGUGUCUUGCACCGUGACCCUGUAACUGUUCUAUCUUUUCAUGAGCAUUUACUGAAGGAUGGUCCAAGAAAACAAGCUUUUGAUGUUAUUGUGAAUGGCUGAAGUUUUUUUUUUUUUGUUUAAUAUAUAAAUAUCUAUAACGGUUGAAUACAAUCACGUUUAAUUUAUUUGUUGUAUGUGACUGAGCACUUUGUUUUGAAAUAAAUUUAUGAUGGAAGUCUUAGUUUCUUGUUUCUGUUGAUGUACAGCUGCUUUUUUUUUGUGGAUGAAUCGCGGUAAUUGGAAGCUGAACAAAAUACCAAUAAAAUGUUCAAUGCUUACAGAA